GAUCUCAGGUGAGCGAGGUGCGGAAAUGCUUGUUGGCUAUGUGGCUUAAUGGCUGCCAGAGUUGGACGUCGAUUGAAGACCUUACUUGUGGGGUAUUUUUAGAUGUUAAGGGAACUUGAAGCAUCUGUUUGUGUGUGGGAUGCGCAGGGCAUUUUUUCAAUCCAAAGGAAGGAAAUUCCCCAAGCAGGAAAAACAAAUCUUUUGGUCAGACUUAGCUUAUCUUUGGUCAUGGUAAUGUCACGGCAUCCAACUCACCAAUUUUGAAAUGAAAGUGAAAUGAAAUUGUCACUUUGAGUCGUUUUAUUGUAAAUAUUUCGAAGCCAGUUCCUGGUUCAUAGUCCACAUAUACGCGCGUCAGGAACUUUGGCUGGAGCUUGAUGUGGUAUUUCUGGUAGCUACAGUUGCGCCUGAGGUGCAAGUGAACACAAGUUGCUGGCUGUAACCUUCUUGGCUGCACAAGAAAGACAAAAGGUAAAUCUAUUUGAAUCAUGGAGGAGACUAUUGAGAUGGAAGAGAAGGACCCUCUAUCUGACCAGCGAGAGGAAAGGGUACGGAGGAAAGGUGAAGGUGCUGAUGAGGUUGAUGGCAUCGGCUGCUGCGGAAAGUUUCAGAACUCUGUGUCUAGAUGGAUGCUUCCAGAAGACCUGCGCAGCACAUACAUGGAACGAGCCAACUGUUGCCCUCCACCCAUCUUUAUCAUUACUAUCAGCCUUGCAGAGCUGGCGGUGUUUAUCUACUAUGCAGUGUGGAAGCCGCAGAAGCAGUGGGUGACCCUUGGCGACGGCAUCUGGAACAGUCCGCUAACGUACAGGCCGGAUCUGCGGGAACAGGCCUGGCGGUUUAUCUCCUAUAUGUUUGUCCAUGCAGGGGUGCAGCACAUCAUGGGGAACCUGGUCAUGCAGCUUCUCCUGGGCAUCCCCUUGGAGCUGGUACACAAAGGCUUCGAGGUUGGCAUGGUCUACCUGGCCGGAGUACUUGCUGGGUCUCUGGCCAGCUCCAUCUUUGACCCUCUCAGCGCUCUGGUCGGGGCAUCAGGAGGCGUCUACGCCCUCAUGGGUGGCUACUUCAUGAAUGCAGUGGUGAAUUACAGAGAGAUGAUGCCUCUUUUAGGAAUAUUUCGCAUACUGGUCAUCCUGCUCAUUGUGGGAACAGAUGUUGGGUUUGCACUGUACAGAAGAUUUCUUAGUGAUGAAGCUGGUAUGAAGGUGUCCUUCGUGGCUCACAUCGCUGGAGGAGUAGCAGGAAUGACCAUCGGUUACGUCUUCUUCAGCAGCUACAACAAGAAGCUCCUGAAGGACCCCCGCUUUUGGCUGUGCAUUGUGGGAUACAUAGUUUGUCUCAUAUUUGCAGUACUUUUCAAUAUCUUUCUGUCCCCGGCAUGAGGACGGCAUGGUGCUGACUUGAAUUGUAUUGUUUGUUUGUCUUUGGCCAUAUAUUUUAAAAUGGUUAAACUGUCUAAGGAGUUAGAUGGUGCUUGUGAUAUUUCAAAGAUGGCGUUGUCUUUGGCCAAGUAUUCUAUAUUGUAAAAAAUAUUGGUUCAAUAUACAAAAGAUACUAUAUGUAAAAAUGUUGUAUGAAAUGGCCAUUUUACACUCAGUUUGAUAAGAUACAAUACUUAUAGUUUACUGUACAUUCAGAUGAGUAUUUUUUAUUAUUGAUGUUAUAAUAAUUACACACUACAUGGUCGUUUUUUAAAACGGCAACAUAUUGACUCCUUUCUUAAAAGAAUGAGCGCUUUUGCCAAGCUUUUGUAAGAUUAGUUUUCUCCAUAGUUUAGUCUAUUGGUCUGUUUGUCCUGAGAGGUCAGAUUGCUUGACACUACUGAAAAACAUAGUUCACGUGGUAAUGAUUGGUGGGCCUGAUACAUUGUAGUCACUUCCUCCCAAACAGGAAGUGGUAUCAGUUAGCUGUAAUCACCAGUGUAGUGUAUCACGUGUGUUAUUGUUGCUGUAUCCUUUGUCUACAUUGUCUGAUGCUCUGGCAGUGACUCAGGUCCCACACAAGCCUUAGUUGGUAUCUUGGUUCCCACACACCAGUCAACGUCUUGCCAAGUAGUUAAUUGGCAUGUUUGGAAAUGAUGAAGCAAUGCUUCCAGUCUUAAUGUUGGCACUGCAGGUGGUUCAGAAGGGUUUGCUGUUGUAGUCGUUGUUAAUUCCAGAAAAGCUUUCAAUACAUUCAUGUUUUAUUAUCUCUUUACUGUGGACAUAAGACAAGUGUGAUGGGGAUGAAAUGUAUGUAAUGUAAUGCUACAAGUAUAUGACCACCCCGGAUUCAUCUGCUUUGAGCUGUAAGCGUUUGGCCACUAGAGGGCAGGCCAUGGCAGUCACUCAGGGCAUCACUCAUCUGUGUCAGGAUGCUCUUCAUCAUGGAAGAUUUUCCUGUUAUCGGCAGGAAAACAGUCCAUCGAACAUAGCAGGACGCAGAGACGACAGACAAAAAGUGCAAGUGAUUUAGUAAACAUGUUUUGUUAAAUGAACUUAAUUCCAGGUUUUGUAUACAAAUUGUAGUGUGUUUUUGUAUUGUUUGUUUCAGGUUGUUUUCAUUUGUUUAAGUACAUUCCAAUGCAUGUGACCUUUUCAUUCACUGCAUAACAUUUAAAUACAUUAUUUCUACCUA